AUGAUGAUGGGGUACUUCCACAGCAGCUCCGCGCCCUUCUGGGACUGCAGGUGUGGGCAAACAGGGGGGAGAGGUGUAGUGGGAAGGGUGGUUGCGGCGAGUGUCAGAGAGGGAGGCGCAAGAAUCGAGACAGGGAGGCGCAAGAAUCGAGACAGGGAGCUGGGUGAGAACACCAGAAAGUGGGGUGACCAUUUGGAGUGGCUGAGGGCCCGGGCCAUAAGGUUCUGUGGACUGAACCAUGAGCACAGGAGGGGAUCGACGGGAGCCACGAUGCUGGGCACCCAGGUGGGAGGAUGA